ACAUUUGCAGCUGAAAUGGUGAGCACAGCUUUUAUCUGGGGGAAGAACAAACGGAGACCCGUGGAGGACGAGGGCGCCCCAGCUCUUACGGGGGGAAAGGCUGCCUUGAAUGCUCCUCCUGCUGAGGAAGGAGAGCCUAGUCGUGCUAAAAGGAAGAGGACUUCCCAUCCUCCGAGAGAGCUCAUGCCAGCCCCGGAGUCUCCUCCCCAUAGUCCAGACCAUGUUCCCGAUUGGGGAGUGAAGGCAAGUGAUCUCAGCCGGAACACUCAGGUGGCCAGACGUAUGAUUCAUCACUUUGCCACUCCCGCCGAUCGUCAGGUGUUGGCCGAGCAGUCCUCGGAGGCCGUAGAAGCCACAUUGUGCAAGUAUCUGGCCCAGGUGGUCACACUCGUUUCGGACUUUUCCGGACGUUUCUCUCAAGCUUCCAAGAAGACCUUGGAACUAGACACCCAGCUGCAGGAAAGAGACGAGUUACUGGAGAGCCACAGGAAAAACUUGGAUGAGUUGUCCUCCCAGCGGCAGGCUUCAGACCUACGUAUUCAGGGGCUAGAGGCAGAGCUGUCUCGGAUGAGCUCCAAGCUAUCUCGGGCGAACUCAGUCAUUCGCCAAUACGAGCGCAAGUAUGCCGAGCCCAUCAAGCUUCCUGAGGUAGAGGAGUUCCUCCAGAAGAACCUACAGGACGCUUGGACAAAGGGAUUCCAAGCUCAUGAGACAGAGGUAUUACGAGCUCAUCCAGACUUGGACAUGUCCACUGUUCGGUCUGUUGCGGAAAUUGUGGCCGGGAUGGAGGACUCGGAGAUGGCUGACGAUGGUGAUGCGCCUCCUGAUGCUUGA